CCCCUAUCUGCCCCAUCCAGUAAGCGGCCUUCGCUUCUCAACUGCCUGCCGAAUUUAGAUCUGUUGCUGUGCCCUUGCCGCUGGCGUAUUUUGGUGUUCCGUAGCGCUAUCCUUACACGCCUUCACGCCGUACCGCCUUGCCUACGACCCUGCAAUAGUGGUCUGUCGCUAACGAGAUCCACAAAGGUAUCGCCAGACUCCAGUAGACUUUUGGACCCGCGUCCCAGGCUACCAUCACCCACACCCACAUCCACACCCAUGCCAUGGCACACCCUGAUCAGAUCCCUCAGAUGUAUAAGGGCAUCUUUCCCAAUCAGAAAAAAGUUAACCUUUUCAUCCAUCAAACUGAGCAUCUGUGCGCCGUCUCUCCUCUCUUCUUUUUAACUCCGCUUUUCUUGAUCGGCCCGGAAUCAUCUACUUCGAAAUAUAAAAACACUUCUACACACUCUGACUCGAUCACUCUUGGCUCGUUAAUAAAUACAGCUUCGAUCGUUCCUUUCACUCAACUCUUCAGCCACUCACUUCUGUAUCUUUCGCGCCUCAUAUUACUUUCCAACUAUUUUCAUCAAUUCAUUAUUUCACAAUGCUCUUCCACUAUUGGGUAUCUUCCGCGCUGUGCACGGUGACGCUGGCAGCUCCAUCACUUGCUCCUCCCAGUGCUGAAGCAGCUUUGGUACUUAGAGAGUACUUCGAAGCAUUAGCCUCGGAGACUCAGGAAGUGAAGAGGGCAGACAAGAAGGAAACCGGCAAGAAAGAAACUGCCAAGGCAGAAACCAAAGGUGGACCAGGCUGUGAUACUUCGAAGGCUAAGCUACCUUCUUCUUGUAAGCUCUCAGUGACUCUUCUCUACCCGUUAUUCAUAUUAACAUUAGCAAUAGCUCUUCCACCCCCAAGCGGUACUCUCAAAUUCAUUGGUCUUGGAAGCGGAACGCAAAACUAUACUUGCAAAGCGAAAGAUGCAAAGGCCGUACCAGUAUCAAUCGGGGCCGUCGCAUCACUCGGAGACGGAACUUGUACAGGCGCAAAAUCCACAAGAGCUCUUUCACUCCUCCCAAGACUCGCAAUGGAAUAUGAUAUCGAGGCACUCAUUGGUGCUAGAGCCGGUGGUGGCACACACUUCUUCAACGGUGCUGGUGCGCCCGUAUUCGAAACUCCUGCAGGUACCCUUGUUGGCUCGAAAGUGGCCGCAGUGGAUGCUCCUAAGAAAGGUUCCGUUCCGUGGCUCAAGUUGAACGCUGUCGGCGGGUCUACCAAUGGGCUGUCAGAAGUCUACCGAGUUAACACUAACGGAGGAUCUCCGCCUGCAAACUGUGCAGAUUCAGCUGCUUCUUUCGAGGUUAAAUAUUCUGCCGAGUAAGUCCUUCCUCCAUAUUCUUCCUACAGUCCCAUGAUCCUUUAACUAACAAACUUCUAUAGGUAUUGGUUCUUUGGCAAAUAAAUAAAGGAUAAUAUUCAAUCACAAGAUCACAAGAUCAUCAUUUCCUUCUACCUCUUUUUAGUUUCUUUCAAGAUGCUACUCAAAAUCGCAUAUGACGAAAAGGCGUUUUGCAGAGGAUUUCGAGAUCCUCUUUUUUCUUUCUUUGGGGGCGGUAUAUUUUUUUUCGGUGGGAGGGGGACUGCUAGUUCACUGUUGUAGCUUUGAACAUUACAUUCAUCCAUGUAAAUUAAAACAUUUAUAAAUUAAAUAAAAGUCUCUUGUGUGAA